CGGACCAUUGUAUCGACAGACUGAGUCGUGACUGAAUGUCGUUGCUCCACCGACACGGUCAUCAAUUCUUCGCGAGGACUAGGGUAGUAGCGUAGGACCAUUCCGCAAAAAGCACACGUUGGACAAAACCACGCACGGAUCACGUGUCGCAACCAACCAACGAAAGAGAGAGAGGAAGGCAGACAAAGGGGAACAAUAUAUCGAUCAGUAAAUCCACGGUGGGACAGAACACCUCUAGUGCAGUGACGGAUGAAUGAGUGAUUGCAAAUCCACAAUAUCCACACACAACACAUGCAGACACAUACAUACAUACAGACAGACAUACAUACACAUAUAUGUACUACAUUGCCUUUCCUCUACCAAACAAACGCAUGCACGCUGAUCUACCUAUCUACAGCCAGGGCGCCUCCUGCACGCACACACACACGCAGACAUACACUCAUUCGCACUGCUCUCUGCGUCUCGCCAAAGUGACUGCCGAAUGACUGACCAUGUUUCAGGGGUCGUCGUCGUCCUCCGCCUCCAUGCCCUGCUCUUCCUCUUCCAUGGCCUCCAUGCCCUCAUCCGCAUCGGCCUGCCCGGCCUCUUGGUGUGGGAGGAGAAGGCUGAAGGACAUAUCGCCACCACCAUGCAGGCCUGUAAUAGAAUGGAAUGAAUGGAGCAUAACAAAUAAUCAGUAUACCGUCUCCGUCAUGAGCAGACCUUUUCCGCCUGAGCCCCAGUGACCUUCCGGCCCUUUCUCCCCAGUCUUGGCCGUGGCCUUGCUGCCAUCAUGUCUGCGAACGGUGCGACGACGCUGCGCACGCUGUGUGUCGUCUGUGUGCGGCAGGGGGGAGCUGUGCUGGGUGGAGAGAAGACAGAUGCGGUGCGCCAAAGCUGACGGCCGACCGCUGAGCUGCCUGAAAUGACUUGGCUGUCACGUAUCUCCCCAGUGGCCCUUUGGCUCUUCAGGGAGUGGUCGUCGGCGCGCCCACUGCAUAUCUGGCGCAUCGUCUCAUCGCUCGCAGCGCCUACACGCAAACAGUAAGCAGCAAGCAGGACAUGUGUGGAGAGAAAGGCUUGCCAGCAAUGCGUCCACCCAUUCGCUUCUUACGUCGGCGGGCAGCAUCCUUGUGUGUGGAUGGGAGGGGGGCGCGCCUGUCUGUGUCGGGCAGGCUGCUGGGUGACGGCUCGCCCUGCGUGUCAACAAUAUAAAGCAUGCAGCCAAAACACGUCCACGAAUGUAUUGACACGUGUGAAUGCGUUCUGUACUGUGCAUACCUCAUUCGACAGCGGCCUAGCCAGGACGUCGGCCCAGUGCGUCGCCGACAGGAACGCCAUCUCCAGAAACGGUUUGGUAGGAGAGGUCACCUGGCACCACACACCGCAAAGCGUUGCAUAGCCGUUGGUUGUGUGCCGAGCUCAUUCGCUCACCUCCACGAUGCCGGUGUCCCGCCCCGCUAUUCUCAUGACGAACAUGCGACGGUUGCCCUCCUCACGCCACUCGACAGUCGCACAAGACGACUGCACCCACACAUACGCACACACAGUGUGUUUUGUUGUGCUGUGGGCGAUUGCUGGGUGUUGGGCUACCCUCCCUUUCUCCCCACCUACCGUGGGUCUGCAGCUCUCGAUCAUCUGCUGAGCCAUGAACCUCAUCAGCCCAUCGGUCAGCGGCGUCGCGAGGACCAGCUGAGCAGCGUCCAUGCAUUCAUGUGAGCUGCCGCGGUCGAUCGCCAGCCCACUCCGAUCCGUCGGCUCUCGCCCCUGUUUGCCGCAGUGUGUUGGCGUAAGGAUGUCGGAGGAGAAGGUGUCGAUGCCACAGAGUGUGUCGAGCAGCGGGUCGUAGCAGAGGUAUCGAGAAGACCCUGACGGCAACGCCCCACUCGACCUCCUGCCCCCACCUGUGUCGGCUCCCUCUGCAGGGAUUGGCAUGGCCGGCUGCUGUGGGUGUCGGGACUGGUCGCUCAUGUGCAGAGUCGCCAUGUUCUCGUGAAUGUGUGGUCGCAGCACGUGAUAUAUCUUUUGCUGUGUGUUCGCCAAGUGUUGCGGUCCACACACGCAAAAGACAUAUCAGAGGCACAUAUGUGUCGUCGGGGCUGCGCUGUAGGUAUUUACCUUGUUCGCGCUAGAUCCGUCUUCGUCGCACUCAGCCGACCGUUUCUUCUUGCGAUUGGUGCUGGCACGCUGACCACACACACACGCAGAGUCGCACACACACGUGCCUGCGUAUCAAUGAGUACGUGUGUCAUGUCGUGUGGUGUUGGUGUGGUGUGGUGUGGUGUGUACGGGAGCAUAAAGGCGCAGAGGCGCCCCUGACGACGCCAAAUCGGACAUGUCAAACCCCUGUACGUACACAGACACACACGUGUGUGUAUGUAUGCAUUGGUGCAUUGCAAUGCAUCUUCUUCUGUGCAGUGUGUUGUGUUGUGUUGUGUUGUUCUUGAUGUGUGUACCCGUUGCUCAUACAGGCUGACAGUGGGAUUGAUUUGGUUAACCCACCUGUCACGACACUGCUUGGCGACGCGACCUGCACACACACAAAGAGGCGAAGCACAUCCACCCAGGCACAACCACACGCUCACAGAGAGCCUUGUCUGUCUGUCUGUCUUCUCUGUACCUGGCAUGUGCUUGGCGAUCUCUACCCACUUGCAUCGCUCCGUGUGGGUCUGCAUCAGCGACGCCAGCAUCGCGUCCUCCUCGGGCGUCAGAUGCUCUGAGAGCGGCGCACAGCCUUGGUCUUGUGCGGCUGCGCCAGGGGAGGGGUCGCGACUCGAAGAUAGCGACUGCGCCAGAGGGCCCGCGUGUGUCUGCUGCGACAGGUGGCCCGUUGGACCACCAUGCCGGUGAACAAGCGUCCUCUCAGGCGUGCAGUCGGCUGUCGAGAGAUCACGGGAUCCCGACAUUUUGUCCACAUCAAUCUGCCCUCCUGACGCUUUCUGCUGGCUCAGGAGCUGCCGAUAAUGACGUGUGCCGUCGCUGGUGGCAUCGUUGACGCCCCGGCGGCUGUCGGCUGUCGGCAGAAAGGAUGAGAGUGGAAGACGCGAACAAGGUGAGAGUCCCCGAAGCAAGAUCGGAAGGUUGGCGAAGCGCAGAACCACAGGGAUCUCCCGUAGACCCUUUUUGUUUUGG